CCAGCAGUGUCCAAAGGAGUCAUGUGCUCAACCUUGUCCUCACAUAACACAGACAGAAGGACCGGAGAGGAUCCACAGACAUACACCAGUUGGAACACAGUGGAUGUACUUCAAGGAGUUUCUGCUUCUGCUUGUCACAUGUGCUCUCUGUAGUUGGAGUGGAUAGUCAGACUGAGUGUGGGCAUCCAGAAGCCGAGUGGCUGGUCAAUCCCGGACCAUGAAGCUUAGCGUGGCGUUGUUUUUUGCAGGGCUCUUCGGGGCGUUGGCAGCUGUGUUCACCCUCCUCUCGUUUGGAACUGAUUACUGGCUGCUGGCCUCAGAAAGUUGCCACCCGAACCCUGAAGGAUCUGUUGGCCCGGGUGGCGUCACCAUAGAGCGCGGGGACGUGGUGAUGCAGGAGGACGCGAGUGACGUCACUCUAUACCAUGAGGGCUUCUUCUGGAGGUGUUCGUUCGGAGGCAAAGCAGGUGAAGACGACCUGAUGUGGACCUUCUGGUUCACAAAUCAGCCUCACUCCAAAGUGUGCAUGCACGCCUACCUCUUCCCAUUCCCCGUGUCUCAUCAGAGCCACAAUGCCACGGAGUAUGACUCGGCCAUAAUCUACAGAGGCUUCUGGAGCAUCUUCAUGCUCAUCGGCGUGGCGGCCGUGGUGCUCGCUGGGUUCUUCAUCAUCUGUGCGGCUCCGUUCGGCAGUCACCGUCUAUACAAAGCAGGAGGAGGCCUCUUCCUGGCAUCUGGUCUGUUCCUGCUGUGUGUGGUGGUGAUGUACGUCCUGUGGGUGCAGGUGUUGGACGUGGUGAACGUCUACAUAGAGCACCAGCGCUCUUCAGUGUGUCCAGACUUCCAGCUGUCCAUCAACUACGGUCUGUCCUUCAUGUUUGCCCCCAUUGGCAUCUUCUUCUGCCUCCUGGCCGGCCUUCUUUUCCUCCUCGUCGGCCGAACCAUUCAGAUUCACUACCACUGACUUUAACCAGCAGCAGGUUAGAUGACGGGCGGCGGCUCGAGACGGUUGGAGUGUUUUUCUUUGUUUUACCACCAGAGCUUUGAUAUGUUCCCCAUCGUGUCUGCUCUGUAAAAGCAGGACUCUGAAUAUCUCUCUGAGGUUUAUAUGAUCUAACAGUCCUGAGCUCUUUGUUCCAGGAUAUAAUCACUCCAUAAUCACUCCAGUCUGAGCUAUUUUCAAUUGAGCUACAUACAGUUCUAUGCUAUUCUCAACAAGCCUGAUCACAGAAAGUAUAAAUACUUACAGUGCAUAACGCUUUUGUUUAUAUCUUGUGUGAAAAAAUGUUGUUAAGUGAAGCUUUUAUUGUUUGCUUGAAAGUAAAAUAAAAGACACACAAGUUAUUCUUAUAUAUUUUUGCUUUGUACAGUGCAGAGCGAAAGGUUUAUACAGUGGCAUGAUAAUAUUUAUAUUCUGUCAAUGUGUUGGGUAAGUCUAACAUUUUUGUUAUGGUCCACACUUCCCGUGAAAAGACCAAAAACAACUCUUACCAACUCCGUGGCUCUCGUAUCCAAGACCAUUCAUUUACUGAAAAUGUGAUAUUCAAAAAACAGACUGCGAAUGUUAACACUCCUAAAGGCUGAAUAUGUUCCUGAAACAGCUGUGUACUUCUUGGCAAACUUACUCCAACAGAAGUAAAGAGAACAUUUGUUGGGGACUAUUUUUAGCUGCGGACUAAUACACAUUACAUGUUCUGGUGAGCAGCAGGACAGUCUGUGUGUCAGCUCAGUGUAAACUCCAAAGCGUUUGUAAUAAAGGAACAUGUCACAGUUUUUUUUGGAGAGUUUGUCUCUUUCCAAAGCGAGAGUUUAAAGACAGAAGAUGUGGUAUUCUGUACAGAUUAUAAAACCACUUGAAGAAACAUAUAACAAUAAGGAAAACGUAGAUACAAUCAGACUUAUCCUGUAAUAUAAUAAAAUAUCAUAUUUCACAGAGUCUAUUAUGCUUUUUUUUGCUUUUUCUGCAGCAUUAUUUUAAUAUUUCUGUACAUAAUCUGAAACUGUGCUGUUAUUUGUUUUGUUCCUGCAGUUGGAGCUGAAUUGACUCUUUGUGUUGAGUUUUUGUCGGUUUUUCUAUGAUGUUGUUAAGUGUGUUGUGAACAUCAUAUCUGUCCAAAUAAAUGUUUUUUUUCCUGUUAUUUGUUUGCCAAUAAAAUAACGAGGUGGAGCCAAA